UGAGCUGCGGGUGAGUGGGUGUCUCAUAUUUCGUGGGCCAUGAAUUUUAUCCUAUGUUAAUUAAGCUAACUGGAAGUCCCCAAUGGCAACUUCGGCGUCUCAGCUCCAUGUCUCCAUAGUCCAUAAUCACCACACUACUUGAAAGUUGUAAUACAAAAACCCAAUUCUAUGGGAGCCCUUUCUCUACUCCUUGCAACUUCUCUACCAUCCUACCAUUUUCCUUCUUCAACACAAACCCUUCUUUCUAACUUCGCUGCUUCUUCUCAACUCCUUUCUUUUACUCCCAAAUGCACAAAAUUCCGCACCAAAACUUUGGUUUUCGGGAAGCAAUCACGCAUCGAUAACGAUUCUCAGUUUCUAGAUGAAAAUGGGGUCGUCGAUGAUAUGGAUGGAUACUUGAAUUACCACUCUUUCGAAUAUGACUCCGUCUGGGAUACAAAGCCUUCUUGGUGUCAACCAUGGACUAUAACACUGACAGGAUUACUAGUGAUUGCCUCUAGCUGGGUUGCUAUAAAGUCGGUAGCAGUGACCGCAGUCAUACUCACAUUAAUAUGCUUAUGGUGGUACAUCUUUCUCUACUCAUAUCCAAAGAAUCACCUUUAAUAGAAUGGGACUCUGCAUAUUUUAUGAAUGCAAGAUCGCUUAGACAAAAACGUCGAUAUUGGACCAUUUCUGAUAGUAUUUUACUUUUACUGCUAAAAACGAAUAAGAGGAAGAAAGAAGUUGGUUUCCUUUUACAUGAGAAGGUUCUGUGCAUUUGCAGGCUUAUUCUGAGAUGAUUGCUGAACGAAGAAGAAAGGUUAGUGAUGGACUAGAAGACACAUUUGGUGUCAAAAGGACACAAUGAUUAGUUUAGAGGAAGAGUACAUAUGUAUUUACCAACUUUUGCUGAUAUCUAUCUAAAUUCUAUUGCUGAUAUUAUCACCGAUACACGGAUUAUUUUAGUGAUAUCAUUCGUAAAUGAUAAAGAAACAGGAUUAGUUUUCAUAA